AUGGAAACCAUCCAGCAUGACUCCGAAUUAAUGACCCAGUAUGUCGCCGCUGUGUCUGUCCCAAACGCCCGUCGCUUCGUGGCUGUCCACGAUAAAAACGGCCAAUUGAUGCUCUUCUCCCUGGGAACCGACUCCAAACUAUACGUCUCCUCCCUCGACCAGUCUGGAAACCGAGUCGUGCGUGAUCUGGGCCUGAUGCUGGGCUUUGCAUCUUCCUACACCGGCCAUGCGUUCGAUGUGGUCCAGGACGCAGAAUCCAAGUUAUAUGUCGCAGUGGCUAUUGCGGGCUCAAAUGCCUCUCGAAGUCUACUAUACUUGCUUCGGCCCUUUGAACCUCGUGAGGUGGACCUCUCGUCCUCGUCGUUCAACCUCAAGCCGUUCAUCAUGGCUGGGAGUGGAGGGGAUAACCCCAGGGUGUUUGAGAUUUUCAUGGCCCCUGCCGUUGGCAAAAACUAUCCCCCUGUUGUUUUCGCUUUCAAGGAAGAGAAUUACCACUCGCAAGACCUUGCCUCUGCGGCUGUAACCAGGUCGGAGGACAGUUAUUCGUGGACGAAAAAGGACAAUGUGAAGCUUCCGGAAAAUGCGGAGAAGAUCAUCGCCGUGCAGCCGUUGGUGAUGAAGUAUGGCUCCAAGACAAUCCCGGGGCAUGCCGUUUUGUAUUUGAUUCAAGGCAAAAAAGCUAUUACCUUUUACUCGAUCAAUGUCCCUCACGAGCUUCAAGUGCCUCUCAAGCAAGCUUCUGACACAACUCCAUCCGAUCCGCGAGCUCUGGCAGCUCUACCAAACGCCGAUGGCUUCACCGAUCUCCUCGUUGGAGGUUCUGGCCUUUAUCGGUUCAAAGCAAAGGGACUGGCUCACCCUUCAUGUGAUAAAAUCGCAGAUACCGGAGUAUUCUCUUCAGUCAAGGAGAUCCAAGUCACAAGGUCGAAUUCGAAAGCUUCAUUGUGGGCGGCCAACACGGACAAUGGCAUUGGAUAUCUCAUGACCGAUCUCGACUUCCAAUCGCCUGAUCCCCCGGUGCAGGUGGUCCCGGAUCAACAAGGAGGUUACUUUGCUCCUUUCAAGGCAACAUCGUCCUCGUGUGAGGCUUUUGUCUUUGCUAACAAUGUUGGCAAUCUGUCCAUGUUGGAGCAGGACGCUAAAUCAGGAGUGUGGAAAACAAUUCCCCUUAUCCAGCCAUCUUUGGAUAAGACGAUUCAGAUGCAGUCCUACAUGACCCAGAUAAAACCGCUCAACGCCUCUGGUGGUCCUUUGAUCAACCAUCCGGUGAUCCUGCAAGCGUCUGGGGACACGAGUGUGAUUGUUAAUGGACGCAGUGUUCUCGCCACCAGAAAAGGAAUCUCAGUCAGGACAGACCAAACUGGGCUUCUCACUCUCACUGUGCCAACAGAUGACAUUUCAACACACACGUUUACCGUCACAGAUGCUUCAAAGGCUUCUACACAAUCAACGCAAAAGUUUGUUGAUCCAGCCCACAAGAUCAACCAGAAACUGUCGAAAAUUCAACACAAAGAGGAUUUGAACAUCGAUUUAGGCCCCGGCAAAGGAAAGCUACUCGAUGGCACCAAGCUGACCCCAGAGCAGAUCGAACAAGUGGCAGGAAAUAUCCAUCAAGCCAUGAAAACGAGAGAUUCAAUUGCCCAAGGAAAGACACCGUCUUCAAUGGCACUCGAAUCCUGCUAUGGAUUUAAUGCCGAGCAUAUAAUCCAGGGAGCUGGGAGCGGGGGGGCCUGGCACUGGUUGGAAAAACAGGGUGACAAGAUCAUUUCAUUCAUCGUGAAUGGAGCCAAAGUCCUGGUCCAGAUAGGAGAGACAAUUUAUCAAUGGGUCAUGAAAACUGUUGAUCAAGUGGGAAAGGUCUUGUCUGUCAUUCUCAACAAAAUUCUUGACAUUGGGAAAAAGAUCAUCGAUUGGUUAGGAUUCAUCUUCAACUGGAAGGACAUCACCGGCACAAAAGACUCUAUCGUGAACAUUGUCAAGGAUGCCUUGGAAGAGGGGCCCAUUCUGACAGACUCCUUGAAGGGCAAAUCCAAGCAUUUCUUUGAAUCCAUGAAGAAGUCAGUCUCAGACAGUCGACCCAGCGACCACGACAUGGAAAAGCUUGGUAUCAAGGCAGACGAUAAAACAGGGUCAACGGAUCAGUCUAAGAGCAAGACUCAGAAUUCCAUGGCUUCAAAUUGGGCACAGUACCAGUUCAAUCAUGGAGGCGCUCGAGACGCAUCCACGUUCCUGCAGAUGUUCAGUUCCGAUAUGACAACUCCAGAGGAAAGCAAGGCAAUUGGAGAUUUGGACCAGGAAUUCAAAAACUUCGAGGACAAAUACCAUGGAAAAGUCACGGCACGCCAAAAGAAGCUGGUAGAGGAAUAUCAACCCCAGGGGAAACGCUCACUCGAUGCCAAAUAUGCCCACGAGCAGACCGAGAAGACGUUUCUAACCGACUGCAUCGACGGAGUGGAAAAGCUGACCGAGCUGCUUCUGAAUAUCAUCAAAACCAUCAUCAACAAGUUCAACGGGCUCCUCACCACUCCCAUCAACGUCCCCAUCUUCUCCUCCAUCUACAAAACGUGGAUCUCGCCUGGAAAUGAGCUGACCCUUCUCGAUGCUUUGGCGUUGAUUAUCGCUAUACCCGCAACGGUCAUCGCAAAGCUGGUAACUGGUAAUAAGCUACCGGCCAUUCCAAGGGGUCGGUUUGCUGCCAUGAUUAAGAAAAUGGCAGACGGUCAAUCUGCGAAAGAUGCAGAUUUCAACAAAUUUGCUGCCAUCACAGGAGUAGCCACAUUUGGAAUCUCCCUUGUUCUCAGUAUCCCAGAGUCCAUUUCGCCAUUUGCCUUUGAGCCUGGAUCCGACUUGUAUGAGGAGCUGCUGGUCGAACGGCCUUCACCGACCGCAUCUCUGGUGGUUCUUGUCGACUUCUCCAGUGGUGGAGGAAAAGUGACUACUGAGCACAUGCUGGAUGCUGCUGUUUUGAUUUAUACCUUGCACAGCAUUCCCAAGAAUAAGGAAAAUCCAGGGUAUACGUUGCAGAUGAUCGGCUGGUUGGUUUCACUGUUCAACUCGGUAUUUAACAUCAUACUGCAUUUGGUGACAGCGCUGUCGAAGCUGGUGGUAGACAGGGUUCGUGCUGUGAUAGACGCAAUCCUUCAAGCCAUUGUCUAUUGUCUUUCCGUCGCAACGAGUGUCUUGGAAAUCAAGACACCGAAUUGGAAAGGGAAGGAUGAUGCUGACAGUGGACUCGACAUUGCGACUCAUACAUUUCUCCUCCUUGGACUGACAACUAUUCUAGAUACACAGCCAGAAGUCGAACUUGUGGCUAAGAUUGCCAAGUACGUUUCGUAUGGAAUCGCAGUUGCUUUGAUGGCCACCAAGGUUGGCAUCCAUAUUUCUCAUGGCAAUUGGACCGAUAUUCCCUUCAUCGGGGAUGUUUGA